CAGGCAGAGGACUAAAGCCGUCCUGGACCCGGAGAUCCUUAUUUAUUGCUUGUAUGGGUGUCGUUUCAACCCCACGGACGGAGUUUUGUGAAGGUUCCGCAUAAAAACAGCUCUCUCUCUGAGAUGUUUUGGUUUCAGCAGGGGCUGUGCUUCCUGCCCGCGUUCCUGGUCGUCUGGUCCUCCUGCACCUUCAUCACCUCCUACCUGAUCGCGCUGUUCAGGCACGACGUCGAUGUGAUCUUCCCCUACAUAAGUGACACAGGGGCAAACCCCCCAGAGAGCUGCAUCUUUGGCCUCAUGACCUUCGUUUCGGCAUGUGCAGGAACAGCCACCAUAUAUGCAAGAUACAAGUAUGUGGAGAAGCUGGGCGAGGACGCCAGGGUGACGCUGAAACCGUGCCUCAAUAAAACCACUCUUUGGCUUGGGAUUAUCUCCUGCUUCGGGAUGUGCAUUGUUGCUACUUUCCAGGAAACGGCGGUGACAUUGGUCCACGACUUCGGAGCCCUGGCGUUUUUCCUCCCCGGUGUGGUUUAUAUCAUCCUGCAGUCGGUGAUAUCGUUUCACGCGUAUCCGUUCGACUCCUCCUUGAGCACGUGCCGAGUGCGUACGGGCAUCGCGGCCAUCGCCGCCGCUGCGUUCUUCCCCACCGUCAUUUGUGCCUAUUUUGUGAAGCAAACCACCCUGCACAGAAACCCAGAAGAUAAGGACUAUCCCUUCCACGUCGCCAGCGCCGUCUGCGAGUGGGUCGUCGCCUUCUGCUUCAUCUGCUUCUUCCUCACCUACAUUCACGACUUCAAGCGGUUCACCUUGCGAGUGAGGACGGACUGCGGGGACCAACUCUGAGCAAUUACCAGCAAAACUGGGAGGGAUUCUAGUAUUUUUAAUGUAUUUUGCUUUUUACUGAGCUUUUAUAUCACACGCUAAGCUUUUUUUAUACAAACCAUCUGUUUUGAGCCAUCUGACUGAAUUUUUGAUGGAAAGCAUGCACGGAGAUUGUUAUUUAUACAAAAAGGGAAAAUCACAGUUUGUAUUUUUAUACUUUUUAUACAAUCAUUCACUUUGCACUUUGCUCUGCUGCUUCCUCACCAGCGUGACACGUCCUGUGAGACCUGUGGCCACUGAUAGGAGAAGUUAAUCACACCCUGAACACAUGAUCACAGUGCACGGGAUUACAUGAAAAUUAACUGUUAAGCAAUCUGUAAUUUUUUUCUUUAUUACUGAAGUUAUAAUGGAAGUUUCAUUUAGCGAUUUCCAAACAGAUGAUGCUGUUCUGACAACGAAUCAGGCAGCAAAAACUCUUAUGGAGUUCUGGGUCUGCGGUAGCAGCAGACCUCCACCAGUGCAGCUACACACCCGUUUACAUGGAACUGAGGCUUUUUAGUCAUAGAAAUGAGUCAACAUUUCACUCCAACGUUGAAAUGAGCAGUAACUGAUAUGUACAGGACUGUCUCAGAAAAUUAGAAUAUUGUGAUUUUCUGUAAUGCAAUUACAAAAACAAAAAUGUCAUACAUU